CUACCCUCUGGUGGUAAAAUAAAGAAGCAAUCUUUAUUAAGCUUUGUGCAGCUUCAGCAAAAUGCGUGGAUUGCCACAUCGACAGCAUGUCAGCAAAAAUGUGUAGCUAUUGCAAUACUGUAAUGCAUAAGCAUUAAGUAUCCUUAUCGUUUUUUUUUUUUUUUACAAUCCUCACGACAUAUCUUCCUGGUAGAUCCUGCUCCGCUCCCAUUUUCCUCUCCGUAAACUGUGCGUUGUCUUGUGAUUCCGCUCCGGGUUUUCAAAAUGACCUCAACCCGAUUCCUGCUGGCUUCGCUCGGGGUUCCAGUCCGGGUUUUAAAGCGUUCUAAAUAAAGAGCCAAAAUUAAAAUAGUAGCAAACAGUGUCCGAUUUAAAAGCAUGUUAAUAAUAAUAAUAAUAAUUCAUGCAGAUUAAGAUACGUCGCUGGGGGUGAACGAGUUUCUGGGUGAAUCUGUUUUUCUUUAAGGAAGCGAAGCUGCAUAAUGUCGUGAAGACCCCUGAGAUGCAGAGACGGUGUGAAGCAGGCCCUCGUUGCCGGGAGCAGUAGAGCUGGAGAAAGGCCGAGGGAAGAUGUAUCGGGGUGGGGAGCGGGAUUUUCAGACGUCGGCACGGAGGAUGGGCACCUCCCUGCUGUUCCAGCUGUCCGUGCACGAGCGUGAGCUGGACCUGGUCUUCCUGGAUCACAGCUAUGCCAAGCCCUGGAGCGCCCACCCCGAUGCCAGCAGCGCCCGGCCCACACGCAUGCUGUUCGUCACGCCACGGCGGCAGCAGGAUUCCUCCGGAGAGACGGAAAUGUCUAUCGACGUGGAAACGGUGACCGCGACGCCGAUGCCUCUGUAUGACGAUCAGAAGGCGAGGAGCGUGAUGAACGAGUGUGAACGUCACGUGGUCUUCGCACGGACUGAUGCGGACGCACCCCCACCGCCCGACGACUGGGAGGAGCAAGUCAACAAGGCUGGCUGGUCCAUGGCCCAGAACAAGCUGUUCAACAAGGUGAUGAAGGCACUGCUGGCUGAGCGGCAGGCAAGACUAGCCAACGAGAAGCAGGCGCUGAACGAGCCGGUGCUGCGCCGCAUCGCGGUGGAUAAGUGCGCUCGGAAGGUGCGGCACGCCCUGGCCAGCGUCAGCUGGGACACCAAGCUCACCCAGUGGCUGCACUGCACCCUGGUGGAUUCGCUCAGCCUGCCCAUGCUGGCAGCCUAUCUGGACGUGCUGCAGACGCUCAAGGGCAAGGUUCCCACGAUGAUUGAGAGGAUGCUGCUGUCCUCGUCUGUGAAGGGUGGCGCAGCGGGGGCCGAGGCGCUCUCCCUCCUGCUCAAGAGACCCUGGGACCCGGCCGUGGGGGUCCUCUCUCACAACAAGCCGAGCAAGCUCCCAGGGUCCCCCCUAAUCCUGAUCGCUCCCUCCGGGCCGACCAGUCAAGCCUUCCCCACCUCGCGCCGUCUCCGUUUCUGGCAGUCGCAGCUCUCCUGCCUGGGGAAGGUUAUCCCUGUGUCCACACACCUUGUACAUAACGGAGCCAAUGUUGGGAUCACCCAGUGUCUGGAGCACAUGAUCGGAGCAGUGAGGGGAAAAGUUCUAGAGGUGCACAGCCACUUCCCACACAAGCCUAUCAUUCUGGUUGGCUGGAAUGUCGGCGCCCUCAUCGCCUGUCAUGUAGCAGUAAUGGAGUUUGUGACUGCAGUGAUCUGCCUCGGCUUCCCUCUCUUCACCAUCACCGGACCCAGAGGGGAUGUGGACGACCCCCUGCUGGACUUGAAGACCCCAGUGCUGUUUGUCAUUGGUCAGAACGCCCUGCAGUGCGGCGUGGAGGCCAUGGAGGAGUUCAGAGAGAAGAUCCGGGGAGACAACAGCAUGGUGGUGGUGGGGGGAGCCGAUGACAACCUCCGGAUCAGCACAGCAAAGAUGAAGUCUGAAGGGCUGACGCAGAGCAUGGUGGACCGCUGCAUUCAGGACGAGAUUGCGGAUUUCCUGACGGGAGUUCUGACCCGCGCUGAGAGCCAUGCUGCGGCCGACCCCCGCGACCUCGACACGGAGAAGAAGAAGAAGCAGCGUGACUCGCGGAGGGAGCUGCCGUUCGAGCUGGAGAAGAGCAGGCCUGCCUCCCCGGCCACGCGGCUGCCCAUCUCCCCCUCCGAGUCGGAGGAUUUGUCAAGUGUUUCCAGCAGUCCGGCCUCCAGCCCAAAGACUAAAACGUCAGCUCUGUCUCCGGCUCAGAAAUCCAGCCUGAUCACAGCUACCCAGCUGCUGAAAACACACAUGCAGAGAUCGGGAGCCGUGCUUACGCACAAACAAGCACAAGCUCAGUUUGCUGCUUUUCUGAAACAAAACAUGCUGGUGAGGAAGGCAGCUCCUCCUGGCAGCCCCUCCUGUCUCUUUGUGCCUGUGUCCAGCGGGCAGGUUGAAGGGCUGGACAAAGAGGACAGAGUGCAGCUGAAGAGACAGACCUCCCUCCCCACGCCGGCCAAGUCCCCCAAGAGAGCCAAAAUCAAAGUGACAAUCCUGUCCCACGGGGAGAACGCAGGGAGCACCACUGCCAUGGCUGCGCAGGACGGAGGCGCAGGGAGGAAGCCUUUGACUGUGACAGUGGGGCAAUCUGUUGCCAGGGCCAAGGAGCUGUCAGGGCUUCUUACAGGACAGAGAUCUGCUAGUGUGUCUGAAGCCUCAGGUGGUGGAGUGGUGGCCCCCAGCUCCUUCCACAGCCAGCAGAGCUGCCCGGGGCCUGGCUCCCCCCGCCCUGCUGCAGCCACACAAGGCACCCCCUCUGCUAGCAGCUUGCUCCAGGGCUUGAGUUUCAGCAUCCAGGAAAUUGUCACCCGGUCUCCCAGCUUGCCCUCCACAGCAGCCAGUGCAGGGACCAGCACUCAGGUAACCUACACCUGGAACAGACCCACCGCCACACAGGCUCCCGGAAUGAAGACGCAGGGCCAGGUUCUGGGCACCUUCACCACUGGGAGUGGCACACUGGUCAGGACCCUUCCUGUGGUCACCAGCGGGGGAGGGGGCACCGGCAAAACCACCGCCAUCCACCAGCUCCUCGCCAACGGAGGGCUGGCCAAGCUCGCCAGCAGCCUGCCGGGACUGGCACACAUCUCCAACCAGAGUGGCGGGCUGAAGGCACCGACCACCAUAACUGUAACCCUGCGAGGGCAGCCAAGCAGAGUGACCACCUUCAGCCAGUCUGCAGCUGGCACGAUGCUGCCAGGACCCAGCGAUAUACAGGUGUGUGUUACAGCUGCUUCUCCAGCACAGUGCUGCCCGGAUCCAGGAAUUAUACAGAGCCCUGACCCUGUGCUGGGGAAUGUCGUCGCCCAGGCCGCCACUGCCAACACGCCCCCCGCCAAGACCCUCCCGCAGCUGGACCUCGGCAAAGUGCCCGGCGGUGCAGAUGGUGAGAAAGGGCCAGUCCUGCCAGCUGCCACGUCUCCACCCAUAGUGACCACCACCAGCCCGACCAAGACUCUGUACGUCAUGUCCGAUGCCAGGCUGUCUGCUCUCACCAAGUCCAUCCUCCCUCAGCAGCCCGAGACAGGGCUGGGAUCACUGGGGAUUACCCCCCCCUCGGCGGGCGCAGUCACCUUCACCACUCCUGCCCUCGCCAGCACCCCCUCCUGCACCGUCGUCCUGUCCAAGCAGGGUACUUCCAAAACUGUCCUCCUCGCCCCUGCUGGAGACCAGCUCUGCCUCCCCCUGUCCAAGCCCCCCGUGUGUAGGGUAGAGACCUUGGGCCGGGUCCCCUCAGUGCUGGAUGAGGGGAGUACUAUCCUCCACACCACAGAGACCUUCAAUCAGGCUCCUGGCACCACCAUCAUUACCUUGUCGGGCAGCUCCGUGGCCACCUCAGCAGGACCCCAAGGACCCGGGACUGACCAGCAACAUUGAGAGCAUGUGGAAGGAUGGAGGCUGCUGAAUCCACUGCAUCAGUAUUACUGCCUUUGCUUUGUGGCUGUCAGUCUGAGGCUGGAAAUGUUGUUCUUUUUGAUCUUGCUACUCAUUUGGUUGCAGCUUUUACUUUUCAGCAGCUUUCCUGGGGUGUUUUAAGUGCUGUCAGAAGUGUGACUGUG